UGGCGCCAACGCAGCUCCUGACCUCUGAUCAACUUUUGGUAGUUUCUGCUGGAACCAUGCACGACUUUGAGCUGUCCGACGCCCUGGACGGGACUGCUGAUGCAGAACGGGUGGGGGAGCCCCCUCAGGCCAGACGAGUCGACCAAUCAGAGGGGACUGAAAACCUGCCCCUGAAGAUGAACGACUGCUAUGACAUGAAGGAUGUGAAAAAAGAAAUCUUCAAGAUCAACGAAGACCUGAACCUGAUGGUUUGCCACAACCCGAGGAGCAUGCAAAGCGUUGCUAACCUGGUCCUGGUGGCCAACUGGAUGAACCCUGGUGUCCAAAACAAUCAGCUCUGCAGCGUCAUCAUGGAUCACGUGGUGGAAGAAACUAUUUUCAACACCGAGAUGAACACACCCACGACUACAGAAAGAGUCACCUUUAGGCGGAUGAACAGCCAGGGCCAAUGCUUACUGUGCGACACCUCCCAGAAGAAUCUCAUUAAGGACACCAGAGACACGAAACUCCAGGCCAUCGUUCUCAAAGGAGGCGAUGGUGAUCACAAAGUGACGUUUAAAAUGGCCAGGUAUGCGGCUCCCUCCGUCUGUCAAGAUAACGGCCAGGCGGUCCUCCUGUCCAUUACUGACAACCUGCACAUUUCCUGCUCAAAGACGGGAGACAGCGUGGAGCUAAAACUGGAGAAUUGCUCGAAGAAGGACUUGAUUUACAUCACUAAGGGUGAAGACAGGGACCGCUUCCUGUUCUUCAGCAGAACCUCGGGGUUGACAAUAACCAGGUUCGAGUCGGUGAAGUACUGCGGCUGGUUCAUCAGCACUUCCUCUGUGGACACGAACCCGUCCGUGGAGAUGUGCAGAGAUGGCACCGACCAUCGCCUCACCACCUUCAAAACAGCCUGAAAACUGCAGAGAGCAGCUUCACCACACCGUUCAGCUGACCCCUGUUGCAGUUCUGCACUUCUCCACUAGAUAGAGCCAUGUGCACUCUCUCUCCUCCAUCAAAGACAAAAUAAACCAAAACAUCACUAAAACUUAGAAACUUUAUCAACUUUACUUAAAUAAUGCUGUUUUAGCUUUAUUAUGUGUAAUGUCUGUUGGCGAAAACAUAUUGACCAUUUUUUUUAAAUUUUUAUGUCAUCUCUUAGUUCACCUAUUUCUAUGAGCUUAAUAAUGCUGUUCUGAAUGUUAAAUGUUUAAAAGUGUAAUAAGCCAAGAAGACCUCCAUGUUAAUGUCUUGUAGUGACACUUUUAUUGUUUGAAUUUUUAUUGCUUUUGACAAAUAACAAAUAAGUUGUUGUAAACAACUGAAAUGUUCCUGAACAGACAAUAUCUGCAAGACUUUCUUCUUCUCUUGGUGGAUGAAAAUGAUCAUUUCAUUGAUUUAUCAAAUGUUUGAAGAGGAAACUGUAGGUAAGUUUGUAUUUGAUGGAAGGAACACGCCUCUGAAAGCCUGAAUCAUCUCGUCUAAUAACAGUCAUCAGAAACCAGAGAUGGGCAUGUAAAAGGACAUUGGCGGUCAUGCGCGGUUUCAUGACGGACGUUUUCAACCUUCAGGGUUUCUUGUUUUUUGAGCAUCCAGCAUUUGCGUGUCCAUCUCAUGUUCUCUCAUUUUCAAAGGAUGCUGCUUUAUUCUUCUUCUCCAACAUGAUUAUCGACCAUGACGCUCCGCUGUAACUGCAGUCCCUGCAGCUGACAUCCCAUUAUCUGUUUCGGCCUCCAUAAAUUAAAUGUCUUUACACUUCAUCAAAGCUUACUUACUUUUACUUACUUUUAAAAAGAAGUUAAAAUUGUAUUUGUCACUGUAAGGUUUUUUUUUUUUUGUAUUUUGUUUUUGUUUUUUUGGUUUACCAUGCUUUUUUAACAACUCCCAUCAUGUAACUUGUUUUUAAAUUGUAAGAUUUUUUAGUACUGAAUACUGAUAUUAAUUAAUGUUGUAUUUGUAAAUCUAUUUUGUAUGUCUUUUAUGUGGACCCCAGGAAGACUAGCUGGUCGCUACGGCGCCAGCUAAUGGGGAUCCCUAAUAAAAUCAAAUCAAAUCAAAGCAGAUGUGAAGACCCUCAGCCAAUCAGCGACGGCUCCGAGGAAACUGGGCGGCGUCUCAUUGGUGCAUCCUCCGCAGGUUGGCCCGGCGACACAUCAGGCGCAGAGCCUACUGCUUCCCUGUCAUCGGUAUAGACUUGCUUGUCAUGCAGCCUAUACCUUGUGGUCAUGGCUACUGUAGCCUAUUUUAAUGAUAUGCCGUCCCUUGUUGGCUUGUGUCAUGUUCUUUCCUUUUGAUUUUGGUUUUAUAUUGUGUAGUGUUUCUUUUUUCUUUUUCAGACCUUUCUGCACACAGGUUGUAGACAUUUUUGCUCAUACGUGCAGCGCUUUUUUGUGUGCUAUAUGGAUGUUUUAUUCCAAUGAUUAUUUGUUGUGACGAGUUUAACUCCUCAUACCACCUUCAAAAUGUUGCUAUAUGGUUCACUUGUGUUUUCGCCAUGAUGAGUGAUUACUUUCACCUGUGCUCAUUACCACACCUGUGGCUAUUUAUACGGGUUCCUUUCUCUGUAUUGCUUUUGCACUGAUGAAGGCCAGAUAGGCCGAAAUAUGUUGGCAGCCGUCUUUUAA